GCUCAUGCGGCCUUGUGCUAAUCAGCUGAUGCGCUGCAGCCCCUAUUUAACUCGCGCUCGCUGCUGCUAGCACGUGAACCCGGCUCUACGUCACGUACCAUGGCUCCGCGCGAGAAAAGCCAGCCGCACAGCAAACCGUUCAAGCUGAGGAAGAGUUUAGCCACGAGGAAACAGGAAGUGGCGGGCAUCAGGGCCAAGUUCCCCAACAAGGUCCCGGUCAUCAUCGAGAGAUACGACAAGGAAAAGUAUCUUCCUCCGCUGGACAAAACUAAGUUCCUGGUUCCGCACGAGCUCACCAUGACGCAGUUCGUCACCAUCAUCAGGAACCGCAUGGCGCUGCUGCCCAGCCAGGCCUUCUACCUGCUCAUCAACAACAGCGGGCUGGCCAGCAUGUCGCUGACCAUGGCUCAGGUGUACAAAGAGCACCAGGAUGAGGACGGCUUCCUCUACAUGACCUACGCCUCGCAGGAGAUGUUUGGACGAUGAAGCUGGUCCUGCUUCAGGUUUUAUUCCCGUUACAGGCUGCGCGCCUCCAGCUGCUGUAAAUACAAAAGAGUGUAUAUAUUGUAAUUUUUGUUCUACACGCUGAUUGGACGAGAUGGAUUUUAAUAGUGUUCAUCCAAUAAAUAUUUUGAUGUUAACGAG